AUGCCCUUGAUUGAAGUCAUUGCUAACGACCGUCUUGGCCGCAAAGUCCGUGUGAAGUGCAGUCCAGACGACACCGUCGGCGACCUCAAGAAGCUCAUUGGUGCGCAGACGGGCACGGAUCACACCAAGAUCCAGCUCAAGAAAUGGUACACAAUCUACAAGGAUCAUAUCACGCUCGCGGACUACGAGAUCCACGACGGGAUGAGUCUGGAGAUGUACUAG